GGAGGACGGGGAGCGGAGACGGAUGCUGAGGUCCGCCAUGUGCCUUCCAGAAGUCCAUCUGCAGAGCCUGUCCGAGCUGGAGAGGUUCCGGCUGCAGGAGAUCGCGCUGAGCUGCCUGCGGGAGAGAGGAUUGAGCGCCGCGCCAAAGCCAGGUUGGCAGAAUGCCAGGAAAAUGGAGAAACGCCGGCAAGACCGGAGAGAUUCCCCACACGGAGUAUUUGGCGCGUCCCUGUCUUACGUCAUUGCGCAGGACCGCGUGGAGCGCCAUCGCACCAGCCUGGGCCGCAGCCGCAGGGCGUUUGCCGAAGUGGAGAGCAGCGUCCUCAGUUUCCGGGCCCAAUCGCGGCACGCGCUGGCCUCGGAGUUCUCGGGUUCGGCCACGUUCCGGAACAGCUUCCCCCAGACCAGAAGGCGAGGGGCGCUCUCCGUGGAUUCCAUAACAGAGCUGGACGAUGGAGAAGAUCGUCUUCUGGAGGCCCUUCAGUUGUCACAUUCAGAAGAACUGAGUUUUCAGCAGAAAGACAGCGGCACCCUUCCUCUGAGUUUGAAUCCGAUAUACAGACAAGUGCCCCGCAUUGUGGAGCGAUGUUGCUCUUAUAUAGAGAAGUACGGACUUCAGACGGUGGGAAUCUUUCGUAUUGCCGGCUCAAAGAAAAGAGUGGAGCAGCUGCGAGAAGAGUUUGCAAAUUCUGGCGAUGUGCUCCUCGGUGAAGACACAUGCGUCCAUGACAUAUCUGCGGUGCUUAAGGGGUUUCUGAGGGACCUACGAGAGCCUAUUCUACCUCAGGAAUUAUAUACAGCGUUCAUAAAAGCUGCAGGGUUGCACUCCGAGGAGAGAUUAAAGACCCUUCAGCUACUAAUCUUUGCCUUGCCCUCGUGUAAUGCAGACACAUUGCUUCGUGUCUUGAAGCUUCUCCAUAAGGUAUCUCUCCAUGAGAAGGACACAGUCAGCCUUUCAGGAGACCAGAUUCCUGGAAAUAAAAUGUCCGCCGCCAACCUCGCAACUGUAUUUGGUCCAAAUCUACUGCAGAACGAGAAAGGUUUGGCGGAUGAAAAGCAGAGCUUCCUGGACAGCGCAGCACAGAUAACAGUGACCGGGUCCAUGAUACAGCAUUAUCAGACCUUGUACACGGUCCCUCCCCAUAUGCAUAGUGAAUUAAUGACACAGUUACUGCAGACGGAUCCAGAAGUUGUAGAUUAUUUAUUGCGGAGGAAAUCCUCAAACUCUCAGGUGCUGGAGGAAGAGGAGGAGGGUGAGAGGAAACAUGACAGCCAGCAGUCCAGAGUCCACUUCUCAUCGACUAUGGUUCCUCACACCCCGCUUGAAACUCUUAUGAAGAUACAGAAUACGAAAGAAAGAACAGGCUUUUUGGAGAACCCAAUGCUGUUGACGAAGCGCCGGAUGUCUCGUUCGCAGGAGGAUUUAACGAUGUUCCCCACUAUCGCACACCACAGAGGAGCGUUGCCCCGAAUAUUGCCCCUCUUCUUUCAUGAUUCACCCUUUCAUUCUACGUAAAUGUUAAUCCUGUUAUCA